AAAAUCCGGGAAAAAAUUAAAAUCAGCGCCUUCUAGAGACAUUCUAACUUUACUCUGAUACCGAGGUAUCACUUUUAUCUAUUAAAAUGCCUGCCACUUCUGAAAUGCACGUCGGAGAGGUGCAGAGGAAGGCCGCCUGUGGGACGGAGGAGAAGCCGGCGGUGGAGAAGGAGAAGAAGUUCGGCUUCCUGUGCGAUGAACGCGGGUAUCUGAAUUUAGUGGAGUACAUCAUUGAGGACGGCCGCAGGAAGGGGGACCGAACCGGGACAGGAGUCCUGUCUGUGUUCGGAGCUCAAGUCAGAUACAGUUUGCGAGAUCAGUUCCCCUUGUUGACAACCAAGAGAGUUUUCUGGAAAGGUAUUCUGGAAGAGUUGCUGUGGUUUAUUAAGGGAUCAACAAAUGCCAAGGAGCUGUCGGAGAAAGGAGUAAAGAUCUGGGAUGCCAACGGGUCCCGCGCCUUCCUGGACAACCUGGGCUUCACAGAGAGAGAGGAGGGGGACCUCGGACCUGUGUAUGGUUUCCAGUGGAGGCACUUCGGUGCAGAAUACAAAAACAUGCACACAGAUUACACCAGACAAGGUGUCGACCAGCUGCAGAACAUCAUCGACACCAUAAACAGAAACCCGGAGGAUCGGCGGAUCAUCAUGUGUGCCUGGAACCCCAAAGACCUCCCUCUCAUGGCUCUGCCCCCCUGCCACGCCCUCUGUCAGUUUUACGUCUGCGAUGGAGAACUGUCCUGUCAGCUGUACCAGCGCUCCGCCGACAUGGGUCUGGGGGUGCCUUUCAACAUCGCCAGUUAUGCACUUCUCACCUACAUGAUUGCACACAUUACAGGACUCAAGCCCGGUGACUUUGUCCACACUCUGGGAGACGCUCACGUCUACAUCAACCACGUCGAACCUCUGAAAGCGCAGCUUCAGAGAGAGAUUCGCCCGUUUCCAACGCUGAAUAUCAAGAGAAAAGUGGAAAGCAUCGAUGACUUCCAGGCGGAUGACUUUGAGAUCUGCGACUACAACCCACACCCCGCCAUAAAGAUGCAGAUGGCUGUGUGAAACAUUUUCCUAGCUUCAGAUGUACUGUGUGUCUUUUUGAACUUGACAAGAUGUGGUUUAUACCAGACUUGGUUUUGCAUUAUUUGGGUCAAAACUGGUUCAGCUGUUGCAGAAAGUGUUUUCUAAUGUUUACUGGUAAUUAUCUUUUCUUUUCUGUAUUUUAACUUAUAAAUGAUGAAAUUCUGUAAAUAAAGAACUUUGUGGUUAA